CUUCACAUCACUGCAUUCUGUUUUGAUCUGGGGUUUACUGCCGAGACUGCUUUUGGUGUUUUUGAGUGCAUCGAUUUCACACAACAAGAAUUAUGUCUGGCUGAUCAAUUGGACGGUCGAUUGUAUUAACAGGAGAAAAAAAGACACUACAGGAAAAAUUACCCUCUGGAUUUAAACGAGACGCCUUUAAUGGAAAGAUACGCUUACAAUUCAACACUGAAGAAAUAAUGGGUUGCGGGCUGCAGAGGAACAUAAUUUUAAAGUCAAAGCCAAGAAAAUUAAACAACAUACGUAAUAAGAGAAAAGACCGUCAAUAGAAGCUGGAACAGAAUAGAUAAUUCUUUUGAACAUCAGUCCAUGUUCUUUUAAUUCUCCACCAGCUUGUUUCUUUCUUCUGUGCCUGCCUGUUAUUGUGUUCAGCUUCAGAUUUAACACGCAUAUGUAAAGAGUCAUACACACAUCAAGAACACUAAUCAUGCAAGAAAAUGUGAGCUCCAGAAUGGACACCCCCACCAACAUCUCCCUGGUGGGACCCGGGGAUGCCGUUUCGGAGUCCCUGGAGUACAAAACAGUCUCUGUGUUCCUGGUGUUGCUGGUCUGUGGGGUGGGAAUUGUGGGAAACAUCAUGGUUGUGCUGGUGGUUCUUACCACCCGACAUAUGCGUACACCCACCAACUGCUAUCUGGUGAGCUUGGCGGUGGCAGACCUGAUGGUUCUUGUGGCUGCGGGUUUGCCGAACAUCUCGGAGAGCCUGAUGGCCACCUGGGUGUUUGGGCACGCUGGGUGCUUGGGCAUCACCUACUUUCAGUACCUUGGCAUUAAUGCAUCCUCCUGUUCGAUCACAGCCUUCACUGUAGAAAGGUACAUCGCCAUAUGUCACCCAAUGAGAGCACAAACUGUCUGUACAGUAUCUCGAGCCAAACGCAUCAUUGCCGGAGUGUGGAUCUUCACCUGUGUCUACUGCAUGCUUUGGCUCUUUCUAGUGGACAUCCAGGUGAACCCAGACGGGCGUGUGCAGUGUGGUUACCGUGUCUCUCGAGACCUCUACCUACCCAUCUACCUUAUCGACUUUACCAUCUUUUACGUCAUCCCACUACUUCUGGCCAUUGCCCUUUACGGUCUGAUCGCCCGGAUUCUUUAUCUGAACCCUCUUCCCCACCCACCAGACUCGGGCACCGUAACUGCACCCACUCUCAGGAGGAGCUGCAAAGAUCCAGCAGACGCCGGUAAAGCAGGCCGCCAAGGACGCCCGAAGAGCGCGGUCUCCUCCCGGAAGCAGGUCACCAAGAUGCUUGCAGUGGUGGUCGUGUUGUUCGCCCUGCUGUGGAUGCCGUACAGAACCCUGGUGCUCAUUAACUCCUUCGUGAGCACGCCUUACCUGGACUCCUGGUUCCUGCUCUUCUGCAGGACCUGCAUAUAUGCCAACAGUGCCAUCAACCCUGUGGUGUACAACCUGAUGUCCCAGAAGUUUCGUUCGGCCUUCCGUGGGCUGUACCGCUGCCACAGAGAGGACGGGCAUCAGCGGACGCUCUCCAUGCUCCAGAGUGGAUACAGCCUGGGAAGAGACCCCAGAUCGUGGAAUAACGUCAAUGGCACCAGAGACACACCCAAAAAAUUUGGUUUAGCCUCUCCUGGUUAUAAACCAAACAGACCUGGGAACGACAAAACGCAAAUUAGUGAUGAUGCAAAAAACAAGGUAGAUCCAAACAUAAACAAGAAUGAUGUGUUGAACGGUAACAUAGAUACCGCGACAGAUAAAAGCCAAACCUCAGAAGACCAAGAGAUGUCUACAGUUGAGAAUGUGAGCAAGAUUAACGACAAUGGGACAAAUAUAAAGGAAAGCGAGGUUAUUCAGGAUAUUGUUGCUGACAUGGGCAGCACAGAGCAGACGUUGGAAUCCAAAACUGAUCAGAAUGACCAAGAGCUGAUUCACAGCAAAGUGUAGAUCACUGCUAAACAUUUACUUUCACGUCAUGCUAUCCAACAGAAAAGAAGAGAAAUUGGAAUGCGUGUCCUUGCAGCCGUCAUCUUCUCUCAGCAGUAGACGUGGCGAGACUAAGGCCACUCUCGCUUCAUAAUUUACAAGUGGAACCAUUUGGCAGUCAGCCGCAGCAACACAUGCCUCCUCUUCAGAGACACACAUGGGAGGGCUGCUCGGUUUGGUCAAAACAUCACUGAAUUUGAACUGCUAUAUAAAAAAUAUUAUUAACAGUUUGUACUGCUGCUGCUGCUUAGAUAUCAAGACUAAAAAUACAAAAAGGCAUAAAGCACCCAUAAGAAAAAAACACAAAUGAGAUCGUUUUAACGGCUGUUUUUAAUUAAAUUUGCUUGAAUCUCUUCUCAGAUCCUGAGAGAAAAAACUCUUAUGUCGUGCCAGGCAAGCAACGCCUUUUGUCUCUAAAUUAAGUUAUGUUUCUAUCACGCUCUACCGCCAAAAGAAAUACUUACUUUUUGUGUGUGUUCACGUCUCCCUUAAAAGAAUUUACUACGUUUAUUUAAAAGAAUAAAAACACCCAAGACCCAAAAGUGAACUGUGUAGAACAUGACACAUCAAAAGAUGACACGAGAACACACAAACUAUAUAUUUAAUUCACUUGCAGUUUAAUAAUUGAACAGGGUUGUGUUUUUAAUUGUGUGCGUUCUUAGCCUUAGUGUGUUCUCUCAUCACAAAUGCUUAAACAACCUAUUUUUGGUCUUCAAGCUCUUCCAAAUGAAAAAUAAAUCAAUCUUACCAGUCCAUGGUUUUAAAGCACAGACGUCGAGUUUUAACAUUUAGAGGUGCUUUAGGACAUGAGGUCCAUUCAGAUGCUUUCAUCAACCAUAAGGCACACUUCUUCGUUGAAAUUUUUUCUAUGACACUUCUAUGACAUUUGCCAUAGCUGGCUGGCCGAAUGCCAUAUUGCUUGGAGAUGUUAAUGCCCAGCCAUUUGUUCCAUCACAAACUCAAAUACACUCGACUCCCUGUAUAUAUGCCCAGCAGUGUUGAGCUUUUAAGACCCUAUUUAUGGCCUCGUAAAGGUGAGUAGAGUAGGGCUUCUAUUUGUCAGGUGUAGUUAUUUUCAUGUAUUUAUGUGGAGCGCAGGGAGCAGCUUCCAAGCAGAACCGAUGCUUUCUGUUGAAGCGAGCAGAGACGUAACCAUAAAUCAUCUAAAAGCAGAACAUAUUCUUCUCUGCGGAGCGCGGUGAGACCGAAGAGGAAUUCUCGAAGAACUUUGUUGUUUAGCAAGCGCUGCUUUAUGCCUUUAAAUGUUUAUAGAGACUUAACAUUAGCAUGGUUUUUUGUUAUAAAUGAAAAUUCUUUGUCGCUGUCACUGUUUUGACUGUUAUCUUUAGAUGAAAUGUGAGGCCUGUGUUGUUAUUUUUGUGUGACAUGAAGUCUAACUGCUCUCUCUGAGGACAUGGUGAAGAAACAAGAAAGUGUUUUGUUGUUGCUGCACCAUUUUCAAGAUCAGUUGAAUUUGACAUUACUUUUUUGUGCUAUGAACCCUGCAGUUUUCUUUUCUUUCACAAGCACAUCUGUUCAAUUUUAGAUUGUUUUGGGUUUAUACGUCAUCAUGGUAAAGACAUGUGGGUGGUUGACAAAUAAAUGGUUAAUGUGAAAGAAAAUGUUUAUUAUGCUAUUAUGCUCUCUCUGAUAUUGUAAAUAUGAAUAAUAUAAAUUAAUAUUAUUAACAGUUUGUUUUCUAAAGUUUUGCUAUUUCACACCCACACAGUCUCAAAGCAGUUCGUGGCAUAGGCACAAAAUUUGGAAAAUUGAUUUGUGUUCGUGGACACGAUUUUCGCCUUUUUCAUGUCACUCAGCACGACUUUUAAUACACAGACCAUGUGUGUAUGUACAAUUAUAAAGGUUAUAACCUGAUAUUAAAAGAAGUCGUACAUAUUUUCACCCCAAACCCUAAAAUAACAGCCGCAAAGGCUAAUUUAGCUAAAAACGCGAGUUUCACGAGGUGGCACGAUAAAUGGCUACCCUAACCCCACCCCUAAACCGAAUGUCACGGGCAAAGUCAAGUCAUAAUAAAACAUACAAACCAGAUCGUAGGAAAAGGUAUGAAUUCCCAUCAGAUUGCGUUGGUAUAUAUUUAUAAAUUUGAAAGAUAUUGCGUAUUAAAAUACGUUAGAUUAAAAUGUCGUGCUGGGUGACACGAGAAAAGGGGGAAAUUCGUGUCCAUGAACACGGACAACAGUUUGUGACAAUGUCACGAGACUGUGUCAACAUAGGACACAUGUACGGUGUAUUUUUCAACCACCCAUGUAGAAACAACAAAUAUUGCUUAGCCUGUAGCCUAUAAUGCUUAGCCUAUGUGUUCUAUCCCACAAUGCUUUGCUAUUCCGAUUGCUGCUAUUUUUUUAACCUUUGUUUCCAUGCCAGAAGCUUUUCUUGACGUUGCUAGUUUGUGAGCCUCCAAAGCGUACUAUUGGCUUCUAUGAAUAUGUAAUCUGUUUUGAAAUCUGUGGUUUAUAUUGUGUUAGUAUUGUGAUAUGAAGCUUAUUUGCUUUUGGUUUGAAACUGUGUUUGUUCAUAUUCUAAUUGGAAGUUGAAAACAAUAACGUGCCAGUGAUCUGUGAGCCUGUUCAGUACAGUUUGUUGCUUAUUUUUCAAAUCAUAAAAUUACACAUAUACAUUUCUUUCCUUGCUGGUUUCAUCUGGCUUCCAAUGUGAAAAUUAAAGCUGGAUACAA